AUGGACAAGAAGUUACUGUUGAAAUUGAAUGGUGGCAACCAUGUCCAAGGCAUACUUCGAGAAUUUGACUCUGUUAAGAAUCUUGCUAUGGAUGAAUGUGUGGAGACUGUAACAAGUGCGCAACAGAAAAAUAUUGGAAUGGUGGUAAUACGAGGAAAUAGAAUCAACGUGUUAGAAGCCUUGGAACAAUACCACAACACUUGUUCCACUGCUGCUGUGUCCUGGCUGCUGGACAUGGGGCUGCAGGGACCUUCCCGGGGCCAGCUGCAAUAA